AUGCCUCCAGGCAGCGGUAGCGCACUCAGCGCGGGAGCUUGGCCUGGCAUCACGGUUUCCGCACCCAUCCCAACCGCAUCCGAACCAACAAAUGUACCUGCCUCUAGCGAAUCCUCCGCUUCUACCACUCCCCCGCCUCUCACCCACGAGCCGUUUCCUUCCAUCGCCCCCAACUCGCCUUCCUCCUCCACCUACUCCUUCCGCGUGUUCCCAACUUCGACGGCGCCCCCUGACCGCCACGUCAACGCUGCGUACGAAUUUGUGUCGCAGAUCGGCGAGGGGCGACACGGCACCGUCUGGCUGGUGGAGGACCGCGCCUCGGGAGCGACAUACGCAUGCAAGAAAAUCAGCAAGCGCGGGCUCGAGUCCGCAUGGGACCGCGACGAGGUAAGGCGCGAGGUGGCGGUGAUGCGCGUGCUGGCGGGGCGGCACGGCGGCGUGGUGCGGCUCCAGGAGGUAUUGGAGGAUAGCGAGGCGGUGUACUUAAUUAUGGAGCACUGCGAGGGCGGCGAGCUGUUCGAUAAGAUCGUGGGCGACGGGCGGCUGCAUCCGCUGGAGGCGGCGCACCUGUUCCGCCAGCUGGUUUCCGCCGUGCAGUUCUGCCACGCGCAAGGCGUGCUGCACCGCGACCUCAAACCCGAGAACAUCCUGCUCACGCGAUCCGCGGGACUCGACGGGAGGAACGCGCGGGGACCGCAGCAGCAGGAGGCAAGCCCGAGCGCGAAGGAUCAGGCGCAACGGACACUGCGGUGGCAGCAGGUGAAACAGCAGGAGCAGCAGGAGGAGCAGCAGGGAAAGGAGGAGGACUGGGAGGAAGAGCGGCGGAAGGAUGGCAAAUCCAACGCUCAGGGAGGCGAAGAGGCUAUGCCGCUGACGGCGCAGCAAUUCAACAUCGAACGGCCCACAGAGCCCGCUAAUACCGUGAAUUCCGGUAAGAAGGUGCCAGUGUCAGCUGUCCCUGCUGCUGGCAGUCAGAAUAAAGCCGGCGACUCGCAGAACAUUCGCUGGCCGGUGCAGCAAGGAGGCGCCGGAGUGACCGCAGCCGCCAAAUCCGCCGCGAGGUCCGCCGCGGCCGUCGGCGGGGCCACCACCCGCGCGGUGGGAAAAGCGCUCACGGGACUGGGCGCGCGGAGUGCGAGUCAACGUUCCCUGCUGCAGUGGCACGUGCGGCUCGCGGACUUUGGAUUCGCCGUGUUUCUCGCUCCCGGAGAGAAGACGUCCGACGUGGCAGGCAGCCGGCUGUACGAGGCGCCUGAGCUGAUUCGAUUCGAGCCGUUCGACUUUAAAGCCGACAUCUGGUCGCUGGGAGUGGUGCUCUACGCUAUGCUCUCGGGCUGCCUGCCGUUCCGAGGCCGCGACGACGACGAGCUGGGCCGUCGGAUCAUGGAGGGGCGGCUCAAUCUGACGUCCAAGCCGUGGCCGUCUGUGCCGGGCGACGCGAAGCGACUGGUCGCGCGAAUGCUUCAGGUGGAGGCGGGGCGGCGGCCGUCAGCAGAGGAGGUGCUGAACGACGCGUGGGUGGUGCGGCACUUCGGCGUGGCGGCGCCCGCCAGGCGACUUGGCCCCAUCCCGCCGCCCUCGCUGCUGCAGGAACUCGAGGAGCAACCGCCGUGCGGCUCGCCGGCCUCUGCUGCUCCCCCUGAUCUUCAGCUUCCUCCUGCUGCUCCUGCUGCUGCUCCUGCUGCUGAUCCUGCUACUCCUGCUGCUCCCGCUGCUGAUCCUGCUACUCCUGCUGCUCCCGCUGCUGAUCCUGCUACUCCUGCUGCUCCCGCUGCUGCUAUUGACGUCGUGUCGAGCGCAGACGAGGCGUGCAGUCAAUUGAAGGAGUCAGCCAAUGGGGACGCAGCGGAGCGCGCGGAGGUCGACGCAACACCAGCUGCGGCGCCUCAUGCUGCUGUUGGCGCUACCUUGGCAACUGUGGCCGAUGCGGGAACGGCGCAGGCAGCAAAGGCAGAAAGAAACGCCGUCGCAGCAGCAGCAGCAGCAGCAGCAGCUGCAGCAUCAUCGGCAGCAGUUACAGCAACAGCUGCGGUGCCAGCGGAGCGGGCGGCGGCAUCAGCUGCAGGCGGGGAAGCGUCAGCGGUUGCAGCGCUCUUGCCAGGUACUGCGGCCCCUUCUCCGUGCCCUGCGAUCACCGCUGGCUGGCAACAAACGCCCCCAGGCCUUACUGGCUCGCCGCCUCGACAGCCUGCUUCUCUCGAUGCUGCGUCUGCUGUGGAUGCUGUGACUUCUGUCACUGGUGGCGGUGCUUCAGGUGUCAUAACCACGGAACUCGCUGCCGGUUCUGAUAGCAAGCCAGCACAUACGGUUCUUGCGAGCGAAACAAUGGCGACCGCAGCGGCAGGUGAUGCUCAUGUGGAGCAGUCCCCGCUCACUAGCACCCCUCGUGCUACAUCCCUGGAAAUGCCACCUCACGUCCCUGCUCACUCUUCCGCCACUUCCCCUGCCGCCACCCCCCCUGUCGGCGCUGCUCCUUCCGCCCUGUCCUGCUCUGCGCCAGGUGAGCGCAGCGGUGGCUGCGCGGAUGUGGGGGGAUGCGGUGGUGGAGGCGAGGAGGCGAGUGGAGCGGGAAGGGGCAGGAUUGGCGAGGUGGCAGACGGCACGGCAGGGACAGCUGUACUCGUGGGGCUGGCAGGUGCUGUGGAUAGUGCAGCGGAGAGGAGACGGGGCGACGAGGAGGAGGAGGAGAAGGAGCGAGCGCCGCAAGCAGCAGCGGCAGCGGCAGCGGCAGCAGCAGCAGCAGAAGCAUCAGUAGCAAUGGUUACGGAGGAGGAGGGGAGUGAGAGCAAGGGGAGGAGGAGCGCGGAAGCAGCGCCUCCCAGUCGCAUACCCCGAGCUUCAGGCCUGCCCUGGGCCAUCCCAUCGCCGCGCCACCGCGGCGAGCGCGAGAGCAGCAGCGCGUGCAGCAACGCGUGCGGGCAGGAGAGCGGUGGUGGCGCGCGCGCAGGAACCGCGCAUGGCGGUGAUGUGGCGUGUGCGGGGGGGUCCCUGGUGCAUGGGGCUGGCAGCACGGAGAGCCAAGCAUCUGUAGCCACUCCGUGCAAGCGACAACGGAUGCUGGCUCAACGUGUCUCGCCCACGCCGGCAGCACGAGCGGCAGAAGCAGCAGGAGCAUCAGUAGGUGCUGCGGGAGCGGGAGCAGGGAGUAAGGUUGGAGCGCAGACGAAGGAAGCAGGUGCUACGGCUGUCGGGACGGUGAAGGGGAAGCGACGCGCGGCUGCCGCUGCUGCUGCGGCGCCUGAUGCGGCGGUCGCUGCCGCCGUCGCCCGAGCCAAGCGACGAGCCGAGGCGGCGAUUGCGGCUCGCGAGAAAAGCGCGAGUGAGGCCGCCAAGGGCGGCAGCAGGGGCCGCGGCAGAGGCGGCAGCGCGCAGAGCCACGCAGAGAGGCCGAGAGAGAGCAGCGCGUGGGGGAGAAGACGCGGGGAAAAGGCGCCGAUUUCGGCGUGGGUGGCGGAGAAGAGGGGGGGCGCGCGCAAGGAUAAGGGGUCGCCGUGCCUCUCCAGUGCUGCUUCCACCACCAGCACCGCUACAACCGCCACCACCGCCACAACGGCUACCACGGCAAUCACGGGGCGGGCACGGACCAUCUCGUCUGCUACCACGUCUGCGUGCUCCUCGUCUUCCUGGUACUCCUCCUCGCCCUCCUCCUCUCCCACCUCCUCCUCCCCUCUCGCCCACCCGCCUCUCCCAGCAGCAGCCGUGCCUGCGCUCUGGCCGUCCCUUCCUGCCCCGUCCGCAGGGACGGCGAGAGCCGCGGGUGCAGGAGCAGGAAGAGGAAGAGCAGGAGGGAAAGCAGGAGCAGGAGGCGCGGCAGGCGCGGGAGGCGCAGGAGGCGCGGCAGGCGCGGGAGGCGCGGGAGGCGCGGGAGGCGCGGGGUGGAAGGCAAGCAACGGGAGGGCGGGGAGUGGUGCGGGGAUGGGAGCCGGGGGCUUGCCUCCGCUGCCUGGCUCGCCUGCUCCUUCCUCCACGUCCUCAGGCAGUGUGCCUAGCACGAGCAGGUGGGGUAGGGGCACGGGUGCUGCUGCUGCUGCUGCUGGUGCACGGGACAGUGAAGGAGCAGCGGGCGGAUGUGCGCGCGUGGGAGGAGGUUUCAGGAUGGCUGGUGUGGGAGCCGGGACAGGGCAGGGCAGAGGGGGUGGCGUGCAAGCGGAUGGGAGAGAGAGGCGCGGAGCAGCAAUGGCUGCUGGCGGCGCUGCUGCUGCUCCUGCUGCUGGUGCUAGCCGGUGGGGCAAUGUUCCUGUUGCUGCACCAGCUGCUAUGUGUGAGAAGACGGUUGGGCUGGAGGAGAAGGAGAAGGCACGGACAAACGAGAAUGCGCAAACAGGCAGGACGGUAGCAGGCACGACUGGGAGGAAACGGUGGGAGCUGAAAAAUUGUGGUGCUGCUGCUGCUGGCGCAAGAUCGGGGGCGGUGGUUGGUAGGAGCGGCGAGAGUCGCAGUGGCAUGAGUGCGAGCAGCAGCGGGAAGAGCAGCAGGAGCAGUGGCAGCAGUGCGGGCGUGCGGGCGCCUUUGAGUGUGCAGAAGGCCGUGUCGAGGUCUAUGAUGCAAACAGAGGAGGAGGAUGGGAUGCAGGAGAUUGGGGAGGAGGCAGAGGAAGAGGAGGAAAUGAGUGAGGAGGAGGAUGAUGAUGAGUCGAGUGAUGGAGAGUAUGUGAGCUAUGGGGAAGAGGAGGAGGAGGAGGAUGAGGAGGAAGAGGAAGAUGAGGAGGAUGAGGAGGAGGCAGAGGAGGAUGGCGAGGUGGAGGAGGAGAGUGAGGAAGCGUCUGGGUUAGUGGAAGGGGAUGUGUUUGAGGAUUCUGCGGAAUCAAGCCUUGAUGGUGGCAAACAGACGGGAGGGGAGAGUGAAGAAGUGAGUGCGGAGGGAGAGGGGGAGAGUGAGGAGGAAGAAAGUGAGGAAGAGAGCAGGUUGGCAACAGAAAGCUGUGAAACAGAGCAAGAGACAGAGGAGGAGGAGUUGAGCGAGAGCUGUGGAGUGGAAGAGGAGGGAGGUGAAUCGAGCGGGAGUGAGGAGGAAGUUGCAACGGUGGAUGCGACAAUAGGAGACUCAACACAUAUUCCAGCAGAUUUGGAUGAAUCAGUUGUGGGAAAAGGAGCAGCGGCAAGUGAGGUGUGCAGAGCGGAGCAGGAGGAGCGGGUGAGGGAGGUGAAGGCGAUUAUGGAUGAGAAGAGGCGGAGCGAGAAGCUUCGCAGCAGGUGGCAUAAGUCUGUGGCACGGUCCCUGUGGAAGCAUGAUAUGAUGGAGCUUCGGCGCAUGGAGCGAGUGGCAGAGGAUGGUGAUGACGAUGUUGUCGUGAUUGCUGAUGCAUGGGUUGGGGCUGCAAGUGGGAAUGAGACUGCGGUGAGAAGGAAGGGGCAGGUAGGAGAGGGAGGGAUGGGGCAGGUAGGAGAGGGAGGGAUGGGGCAGCGUCCGCCAUCCAAGCAUCACGAGUACAUGGCGCUGGCGGACGUGGCGCGCGCGGCGGGGAGGAGGGUGAACGUGGUGGGCGUGGUGGUGCUCGCGGACUGCGUGCGAAGCUUCCAAGACAAACGCGUGUGCUGCACGCUACUGCUAGCGGACGCCACGUGUAACCGCCCCGGGUACCAAGUCACGGCCAUAGCGGGGAGUGCAGACGACCUGCCGUGCGUGGCGGGCGUGGGGGAUGUCAUCGCCUUGCACCACCUGCUCACCACAGUGGACCAGUCAGGAGGCCCUCAAGGCUUCGCUUACAUCAACACCAGCAGCGGUGGCGGCGGCAGUAACAACGGUUGCAGUGGGAUGCAGGGCGGUGCGCCAAGCAGCUAUGCGCUAUUCCCAGGCGCUCUAGGCGCGCCCCUGCGCCCCUACUCCGCUUUCCCCUCCCCCACCACCUUCCUGCCCGCAGGCCCGCUGAAGCAGCGCGUGCAGGCGCUGAGGCAGUGGGCUCAUGGCUUCCCCUUCCAACCCCGUGCACAGGCAUGUGCAGUGCCACUGCUGCCCAUCAGCGGCAUCACUAACGACACGGACUAUGACAUGUGCGUGCAGUCACUACCUGGACUUUGUGUGGCAUGUGCAGAAGAUGGGUCGGGUGGUGGUUCUGUGGGCAUGGGAUGGCACCGACACCCCUCUGCCGCCCCUCCUCUUGUCAGUCUCUUGCGUACCCCUCUUUCGCUUCCUUCUCUCUGCGCAUACACAGGCACCCAGUGCUCUUUUCGUUUCCACUUUCUUUUCCACUUGCACGCACAACUCAACGAUUCCACAAAGAGUCACUCCAUGACCUCCCAAGUCUUCAACACUUAUCUUUGCAGGCCUGCAGCGCCCAUCCCUCCCGUGAAGCAGCAGCAAGGAGGUGGUACUAGUACUUCUCCUGCUUCCCAUGUCAUGCCCCCACCUAGACCACCACCAGCACAAGAACCAGUGACAGCAAGGCAGCAAGCAGCAGCAGCAGCAGCAACAGCUCACAACAGCAGCAGCGGCACCAGGAACAGCAAGCACCCGGUGUUUUCUAUUGGCAGUCGUGUGGGACCAGCACCCUUUGUGCUCCACCGGCUGCCCCCUCUAGGCUCUCUCCUCCCCAUUCUCUGCCUCGUCUCCCACCCCGACCACCUCUUACGGCGCAUGCUCCCCCCGUCCCUGCCUGCUCAACCCACUCGCCACACGCACAGGGCAGCAGAAGGAGCAGGGCAGCAGGGGAAGGAGGCGGGCGGCGAGGGGAGGGUGGGUGCGGUGGGGGGGGAGCGAGGGGGCGUGGUUCCCUGCUGGGUGCUGCUGCAGAAGGUGCGGGGGGCAUGGCAGGAGGAGGAGGGCGAGUGGGUGGGGGUUCUGGGCCCCGAGAGCAAGGUUAGCCCUGUGAAGGAGCACUAUGCUGAUGUGGCGCACGUUAUCAGGAGGUAUGCAGAAAGAGAGGCAUGUGGGGAUGCACUGAAACGCAUGGGUGCGCUUGCUCAGUGUGCAAGCACAGCUGCCAUCACAAGAAUUGCGCGGCCACUGCAGCCCUACUCCACUCUCCGCCAGAUCUACUGCCAACCUCAAGUACCCUACCGCUUCCGCUGUGUCGCCCGGGUCAUCUACGCAUCUCACAUCCACCCCCGCCACUUCACCGCCUUCCUUCCACCCAGACCCCGCCCCGCUUCCCCCACCGCUCCCUCUGCCCCCCGUGCGCCUCCCUUGGGAACACCCUCCCCCAUGAAUGCCAUGAAUGGGCGAAUGAGGGUUGAUGAGAGGCAUGCGGGUACAGGAGCACUUCUUUGCUGCCUCUGCCAAGGACCUGCGCAACCGCCCUCAAGUGACUGCAAGGGCAGUGCGUGGAAUGGCGGCUCUGCUUGCUGCUCCCACCGCCUCCUGCUCCUCUGCACCUGGCCCUGCUCCGCACCUAACAGCACCUGA